AUGGACAGGCGGGGGGCGGAGGUCGCGAGGGCGAGGCGGGAGCACGAGGAUGCGGAGCAGAGGGCCCAAGACGAGUUCCGCAGAGAGCUGUCCGCGAAAGAGAGGGAGCACGCCAAGGCCAUGGACCGCCUGCGCGAGGAGUGCGGCGCCCAGAGGGAGGGCUGGAAGGAGAUGGUGCGCGAGAGGGCGGAGCAGCAGAUGCGGGCGGAGCUCGAGAAGUUCAGGGAGCGGAUUACAAGGGAGCGCGACGAGGAACUUGAGGUCGUCAUCAGCCGCCUGGAGGCCGAGAACAAGUCCAGGGAAGCCGAGGUCCAGCGCCGCGAGUCCCAGCUCUGCGACGCCGCCUCGCGGGCGCAGGAGUCCGCCAGGGAGGCGGGCGAACGGGAGCGCGCCGCCAGGGAGGACGCCGAGAGGGCCAGGCAUCUGGCGGCGGAGCACGCCAAGGGCCUGGCAGAAGAGAAGGUGCGGCACAGGGAAGCCGUGAAGAGCCUCGAGGACCAGGCCGCACGGCAACAGGAGGCCGCUCGCCAGAGGGAGGCGGACCUUCGGAGGUCCUUCGCGAUGAAGGACGAGUCGUACAGGAAGGCCAUCGAGGCUGCCGUGCAGGAGAAGGCCGCUGCAUCCAACAAGCUGCAGCGAAUCGACGCCCAGUACCAGUCCCAGUGCGCGGAGCUGGACGCCGUCGAGCGGCGCGUGGCGGAGACGCUUCGCGGCAAGGACGCCAUGAUCGCGCGGCUGAGGGGCGAGCUGGAGGGCCAGCGGCAGGAGUUUGCCAACAUGGAGAGCAUCCUGCUGCAGCAGAAGCGCGAGGUCGGUGCCUGA